GCCAAACACGGCUUUUUAGAAAUAAUAAAAAAAGUUCUCAUUUCUGUUUUUGCACGCUUUCUCUCCCUUCUGCGAACCCCAUAAAAAAAUGGCGACAUCUUCUAGACGAACGAGCGGUCCGGUUCUCCGAUCCCUCUCCCCAUCCGGCCGUUUCUGUUCUCACUACGCUUCUCAGUCUUCAUCUUCUUCCUCUUCUUUUGCCUUUUCGAGUUCAAGCUUUUCUUCACGCUCUUCAACUUUCUUUAAUCAACACAGAUCUAUCUCUCCGCCACGUGUCAAUAUGUACAACCACUCUUCAUCGGCGCCAUCUGUGCGUUUCUCGCUGGAUAACCGCCCGAUCUCGCCGAACCGUUCGAUAGCCACCAUCCGUAAAAACACCGACGCUGUGCAGAAUUUAGAGAAGCGACAGCAGAAGCGGACUUGUAUGUGUUCCCCAACGACGCAUCCGGGAUCCUUCCGUUGCAGUCUUCAUAAAGGUUUCAAUAAUUCGAACGCGGUGUCGAGUUACGCGCCAAGCAAUCGGCUCAACGCGCGUAGAUCUGCGAUGACAAACUCGCUGGUGAGGAUUGGUGGAGUCGAAGGAGAUCUGGUUAAGAGAGCUUUGUCGGCUUUGAUUAGGCCUUCCUCUCACCAGCAGCGUCGCCGAUCAGCGUUCCAGCCGAGGCCGAGCCGGCUUUCCGUGAUGUCUAAAGCGGAGGAUUUAUGAAGAUUCCUUUUGCGGUAUGUGUAAUCUUCUAAUGCUUUUUGGUUAAGUCUCCAAGAUUUUCCGGUGAUAGGGGAUCGAGCUUCGGAGUAACGCCGGAUGGUAGCGUUGCAGUCAGGUUCCGGCGAAGAGGUUGGAGAUCUGGACGAAGGAUUCGGGACGGAUAUGAUUUUUAGUGUACUCCGGGUGACCGAAACCGUAAAAUCCGAGGAACAAAUUAUCAUAUAGUUUGUUGGUGUAAAUACAUAUAUUUGCAGGCAAUGGUAAAUUUGAGGAGCUUUUGGACAGAAAAAGAA